AUGAUUGAUUCACAACGAAUAAACACAUCACUACCUAUACAACUACAACCAUCGAACCUUCGGCCAAUAGUGUUUCGAAUAUUAACCAAAAAACAUGGAUUAAAUGUUAAUUCAGAAGCAUUAUCUAUAUUAACAGAAACAAUAAGUUUAAAAUUUGGAUUUAAUUGGAAAAGUAUACAAUCAAAUAAUUUUUUAGAAGAAAUUGCAAAAUAUUGGAAAUUAGAAGAUAGAGGAAUAUUUAUAGAUGGAAAUGGUUUAAAAGAUAUUUUAAAAGAUUUAAAUCAAAAAGAUGAUACUUCAAAAUUACAAAAAGCUAAAAGAUCAAAUACAAUUAUUGAUGAAGAUGAAUUUGAUACAAGUUUUAGAUGGGAAGAUUAUUUUCAUGUUAUAUCACCAAAUCAACAACCUAUAAGUAUAUUUGAUAAGAAUAGAAAACAAUUUAAUGUAUAUUUAAAAAGAAAUAAAACACCUAUGUUACAAUCAAUUAGUUCAAAUCUAAAAUACAUGGUAGAAUCUAAGAACAAUCAUUACUAUUUAAUCAUGGAUAGAUUGUCAAGGAAUGAAAAUUUUCAAAAAAUGUCAAUGUCAAGUAUAUCAAACCUUAGUUCAAUUGUAGAUGAAAAUAAUGCAAAACAUAAUGAAAUAACUAUGAUAAAAAACGUUUUAGGUAGAGAUGGUCAAAAAUUUUUAUUAUUUGGUUUAUUAACUAAAAAUUCAACUGAAGAUUAUAUAUUGGAAGAUGCAACUGAUUAUAUUGAAUUAAAUUUAAAUCAAGCUAGAAAAAACCAAGGUUCUUUUUAUUGUUGUGGGAUGUAUGUAUUGAUAGAAGGAAUUUAUUCAGCAUCAGGUGGGACUUUAAAUGCAAAACCAGAUUAUAUUGGUGGAUGUUUUUAUGUAAGUAAUAUAGCUCAACCACCAGCAGAAAGAAGAGAUAAAAGUAUAGAUGCAUAUGGUCAUCUUGAUUUUUUAGGAGUUCAUAAAAAUAACGUUCAAUCAACAGUUAAUGAUAAAGCUAUUAAAAUACCAAAAGAAUUUAGAAAAAAAAUGAAUCAAAUGGAAAAAUCAUUAUUGGGACAUAAAUUGAUUGUUCUAGGGAGUGAAUUACAUUUAGAUUCCAAUAGAGUUUUGGAGGGAUUAGUUAAAUUUUUUAAACAUUUAGAAAAUUCAAUUAUUGAAACUAAAGAUCAAGAAGAUAAUUCAAUACCAUUAGCAUUAGUUCUUAUAGGUUCAUUUUCAUCAAUACCAUUAACAUCAACAAAUUCAUCAAGUUUAGCCAUGUCAAAUUCAGAAAUUUAUAAAAGUAAUUUCGAUCAAUUAUCACAUAUUUUAAAUGAUUUUCCAAAUAUAGUAUCUAAUUGUAAAAUAGUACUAAUACCUGGAAAUAAUGAUCCUUGGCAAUCUUCAUAUUCAUCUGGUUCAUCAUAUUCAAAUAUUUAUCCACAAUCAUCAAUUCCAAAAGUAUUUAUAAAUAGAUUAGAAAAAUUAUUGCCCAGAGGUAAUUUAAUAUUAGCUUGGAAUCCAACUCGAAUUAAUUAUCUUUCUCAAGAAAUUUUAAUUUUUAAAGAUCAAUUAAUGAAUAAAUUUAAAAGAAAUGAUAUUUUAUUUCCCGUGGAUUUAGAAUUAGAAGAACAACAAUACCUUGAUUCAUUAAGUAAUGAAGAAAGAAUAAAUAAAUUAAUUCAAUCAAAAGACGUGAGAUUAGAUAACAAAACAAAACAAGCAAGAAAAUUAGUUAAAACUUUAUUAGAUCAAGGUAAUUUACAACCAUUUAAUAAAAAUUUAAAAAUUAUAAAUCAAUCAAUGGAUUAUUCUUUAAGAAUUGAACCAUCACCAAAUUUAAUUAUAUUAAAUGAUUCAAAUUUUGAAAAUUUUGAAAUUAUUUAUCAAGGUUGUAGAGUUAUAAAUUUAACACUGGUUGUUAAUUUAAAUAGUAGAAAAUUAAAUUAUAUGGAAUAUUAUCCUGCUACAAAAAAAGUUGAAUUUAAUGAUUUAUAUUUUUAA